GGGACCGCAGCCGCUCCCGGCCGCGCGAUGCGGCUGCCCGGAGCUCCGGCGAGCCACUGGCGGAUUAGCAGGCGCCGCUGCCGUCGCUGUCUGCUCUGAGCGCCGCUCCGGGGAGCCGGCAGCCUCCUUCGCGUCUCCAAGAUGCUCGGCAAAGGGGGCUGCCUGGAGCUGCUGCUGGUGCUGCUGGGCCUGGAGAUCCGCCGCUCGGGAGGCUGCCCGGCCGCCUGCGUGUGCUACCCGUCGCCCAUGACCGUCAGCUGCCAGUCGCACCACCUGCUGGCCAUCCCGGAGGGCAUCCCCGAGGAGAGCGAGCGCGUCUUCCUGCAGAACAACCGCAUCUCGGUGCUGCUGCGCGGCCACCUCAGCCCGGCGCUGGUCACGCUGUGGCUCUACUCCAACAACCUCACCUUCAUCGGCCCGGGCGCCUUCGAGGGCUUCGCGCAGCUGGAGGAGCUCGACCUGGGCGACAACCGGCAGCUGCGCGACCUGGCGCCGGACACCUUCCGCGGGCUGGGCCGCCUGCACGCGCUGCACCUGUACCGCUGCGGCCUGGUGGCCCUGCCCAGCGGCCUCUUCGGCGGCCUGCACAGCCUGCAGUACCUCUACCUGCAGGACAACCAGCUGGCCUUCCUGCAGGAGGACCUCUUCGCCGACCUGGCCAACCUGAGCCACCUCUUCCUGCACGGCAACCGCCUCUGGAGCCUGCAGCAGAACACCUUCCGCGGCCUGCUGCACCUGGACCGCCUGCUGCUGCACCAGAACCGGCUGCAGAGCGUGCACCGGCGCGCCUUCCACGACCUGGGCCGCCUGACGCUGCUCUUCCUCUUCAACAACAGCCUGGAGGAGCUGCCCGGGGAGGCGCUGGCCCCGCUGGGCGCCCUCGAGUACCUGCGCCUCAACGGCAACCCCUGGGACUGCGGCUGCCGCCUGCGCUCGCUCUGGGAGUGGCUGCGGCGCUUCCGCGGCUCCAGCUCCAGCGUGCUGUGCGAGUUCCCCGAGCGCAGCCGCGGCCUGGAGCUGAAGGAGCUGCGCGCCGAGGCCUUCGCCGCCUGCUCGGCCGCCGAGUCGCUGCACCAGGUCAAGGGCGCCCGCCUGCCCCCGGCCGACAAGGCCGCCCCCCGGGACCUGCCCCCGCCGCACGCCUCCGCCGAGAAGGGCGGCCCGCGCCACAGGAAGCCCGCCAAGCACUGCCCCAAGGGCCGCAACCGGACCGCCAGGCCGGCCUCGCUGGGGCCCCGCAAGGAAGAGAUGCAGGACCAGGAGGCCAAGCUGGGCUUCGAGCUGCUGCCCGCCGGGCCGCCCAAGCAGAAGGCCAAGUGCCCGCGGACCUCGCUCCUGCCCCCCAGCGGGGUCCAGCAGGCGGCCGGCGGGCUGGGCGGCGGCGGGGCGCGGCCUGCGGGCGCCGCCCUGCUGGCCUUCCUGCUGGCCUGCGUGGCCAUCGUCCGCUGAGCGCCUCGGCCCCGGGCUGGCGCUCGCAGAGCCCCGUCGCUUCUUCCGCUGCCUGGCCUGGCCGAGACCGCAGCGCGGCCCUGCU